GUUGUUUUUGUAUAAUUUUAGUGAAAUUCAUCAUUAAUUCUAUUUGUUUUAUAUUAACAAGACGUGAUGUUCUGCAGGACUACGAUGAUGGCAAGACACAUUGUACUGUCAUUCUUUGGCAUCUGUGUUAUGAUAGCUAUUGCUCACGCAAACGGAAAUUGCAAAAUAAAAAUUAUGCACGAAUGGGUGACACUUGAUUAUGAUUUUCCUUCGCCAAUGAAAAGAUCGCUAAUAGACCAGAAGAUGCUUAUUCCUGAAAAUCUUGCCCUAAUUAAUAUGGAUGUGAUAAGAGGAUGCAUCUUCACAACUAUAGUUAGGACAUUUAAGCCCGGAAUUCCAGCAAGUCUGAACACAGUUAUCAAAAGAAACGGAAAAUCCUUUUUAAAACCAUUUCCUAACUUAAGACUGAAUAGAGCUGGAGAUUGCAAAAGCAUUCAAAGUGCCUCAAGCAUUAAGAUAGAUCCAAAUACGAAUUAUCUAUGGGUACUGGACGAAGGUCAAGUGAAUAACAUAAGAUUGUGUCGUAGAAAACUUGUGAUUUUUUGCAUAAGAACGAAACAAGAAGUGUUUCGGCAUAUAUUUCCAGACUCGGUUUUAUCUGAAUCCUCCGUGCUAUUGGAUCUGACUUUGGAUAGAGAUCAAGAUUUAACUAGGUAUGCCUAUGUUGUCGAUUCUAUUGCAAAUAAGCUUAUUGUUGUUGAUGUGGUUGUGAACACAUCUUGGUUGUUUUCACAUCCGUCAAUGGAAGGCGAAGCUAAUGCGGGUAAUAUAACUGUAAAUGGAGAAACACUCUUUAGUAGGGGAGGAAUAAAUAGUAUUUCAACAACGUCAGAUUUCAAAUUUGUUUAUUAUUUUUCCAUUGCUAGUUUCAAAACAUGGCAAAUACCUACAAGUUUACUGAGAAACCGUUUCGCUGUUAAUAUCACAUUUGAUGAAAAUGUUAGAAUGAUAGGUAUUCGCCAACACCAUGCUGUAAGUCUGACUUCCGGAACAAGAAGCUUCUUUUUACCUGCUCUAGAAAUUAAUGAUAUAUUAAAAUGGGAUCGCACACAAGACAUACAAAUAGACGGCAGGGAAGAAGAAGUUAAACUGCGGACAUUACAAAGACUGUCACCAACCACUGCCUUGAAUUUCGCAGAUGGAAUGCACAUAGAUAAUGGUUUUUUAUAUUUUGUUACAAAUAAGUUCCACAAAUUCCGCUUAGGAACGCUGGAUUUUUCUGGCGACGAUGGGCCAAAUUAUACCAUAGGAAAAAUAUUUGUUGGAGAAGAAAGCUACUUGCUAGGUACACAUCCCAAAUCAUAUAAGAAAUAA